AUGGCAAUGAAAAACUCCAGUGCUCUCAGUGAGUUUAUUCUUCUCGGGCUGUCGUCUGACCCCUACAUUCAGGCUAUACUCUUCGUGUUGUUGCUUCUGAUUUACCUCCUCACUCUCAUGGGAAAUUUCUUGAUGCUGCUGGUGAUCACAGCUGAUUCUAACCUCCACACACCCAUGUAUUUCUUCUUGAGACAACUGUCCUUCUUAGACCUCUGCCACUCAUCUGUCACAGCACCCAAGAUAUUGGAGAACAUGCUCUCUGAAAGCAAAACCAUCUUUGUAGAGAGCUGCUUUGCUCAGGCCUUCUUUGUGUUUGCCACUGGUGGCACUGAGGCCUGUCUGCUGGCUGCGAUGGCCUAUGACCGCUAUGUUGCUAUCAGCUCCCCUCUGCUCUAUGGCCAGGUAAUGAGUAACCAGCUCUGUGUUGGGCUUGUGUGGGUCUCCUGGGGCCUGGCCUUUGUUGAUGCUCUCAUCAAUAUCCUGCUGGCUGUUAACUUAGAUUUUUGUGAGGAGCAAACUAUUGCCCACUUCAGUUGUGAGCUGUCUUCUCUCUUCCCUCUGUCUUGCUCUGACACCUCUGCUAACUUCACCCUCCUGCUCUGCUCCUCUGUCUUUCAUUUCUUUGGAACCCUUGUCAUGAUCGUUUCUUCCUAUGUCCGCAUUGUUUCCACCAUCUUGAGGGUCAGCUCCACUACCGGCAGAAGCAAGGCCUUCUCCACCUGCUCCUCCCACCUCACUACUGUGAUCUUGUUCUAUAGCUCAGGUUUCAUCAGCUAUCUCUUACCAACCUCAGGUUCCUCCCUGGAAAUGAUCUUCUCCUUGCAGUACAGUGUGAUCACUCCUAUGCUGAAUCCCCUCAUCUACAGUCUGAAGAACAAGGAGGUGAAGGCAACUAUGGCAAGAAUAUUCAGAAAAUAUUUUAAUCCUCUCCUGUAG